AUGGCCGACUCGAAGCUGCAGGACGCCGUGAACAAGAUGGUGGACCGCCUGGACCGCAGCGUGCUGCGCGGCAUGCAGCGCGACGGCUACCUAUGCGCCGCCAAGGUGUUCGAGAACAAGAGCUGGUCGUCGGACCAGCUGGCGGCCGCCGUGGAGCGCUGCCAGAUGCCGACGCAGCAGAUCAACCAGUUCAUGCAGCAGGAGAUGCAGAACUUCCAGCACCGCAUCCAGCGCGGCGUGCAGGACUGCCAGGACCGGGCGCAGGACUCGCUGCCCGCCGGUGGCGCCCCCAACGAGGCGCAGAUCGCGCGCGCCCAGAAGGAGAUGGAGAAGUGCGUCUCCUCCUGCGUGGACGCGCACAUCAAGCUGCUCCCCAACAUCAACGCCCGCAUCGAGCAGGCCGUGGCCCAAGUCAAGCAGCAGCAG